AUGCCUAUGCCCGCGUCGCGCGCGCUCACUCCGAGCCGCAAUCGCACGCUUAUACUGGCCCAGUGCUAUUGCUCUACCUCCGCGCUCCACCCUGUACGCCGCCAGUGCGCUUUCGUUCGCGAGCCGCAGCCGGCCACCGUGGUGCCGUCGCUCACCCGCCCGAACCGCAGCCGCGCGCGCUCUCACGGCCAGUGCCCGCCAGCACUUCACCGCCUGCAUCUGGCCGAGCCGCACGCGCCCCGCCUGGCCUGCCUCUGCUCGACCACAACCACCCGCGUGCGCCCGCGCUUGUGUCUGGCCACCGUCUGCCCAAGCCGCCGGCACCCGCAUCCGCCCGGCGCCUGCUUCGCGCCACCUGCAUCCGCCCGCCGAGCUGCCCGCUCGCUCGCCUGGGCCGCAACCGCCCGAGCGCCGCCAACGCUCCCGCCUUGGGCCACCGCCACCCCGCCUGCUGCUUGGGCCGCGGCCGCCUGCCGCACGCCCCGCGCACUGCCGCCGCCCAGCCUCGCGCGCGUGGACCGCUCGCCAGUGCUGCCGCCCAGCACCAGCGCCGCCUCCUGCUCGUUCCGCUUCCGCGCGCAGCACCGCGCCUGGCCGCUGCCGCCAGCCUCCGCGCGCUCCAGUGCCUGCGCGCCGCUCGGCCCGCGCCGCCUGGCCCUGCCGCACACCAAGCCGCCCAGCACCAGCGCCUCCCGCGCAGCGCUCGCACGCGCGCGCCCCCGGGCCGCUGCCCCUGCGCUCGCCUGGCGCCUGCUCCCACGCGCCUCAGGAGGAGGGGUCCAGGUCCCGGAGGCUCCAGCGCUGCGACGGCUCCUUCGUGGGGGACCCGGCCCCCAAGCGCCAGAAGACGACGGAGGUGGAGGGGCAGAGCAGCUCUUGGGCUCCGCCACCUCCGCCGCAACAGCGGCAGCCGCAGGAGAUUCCACCACCGCCGCCAACGACGCGGCGCCCAGUGACACCGCCACCACCAUCGGAGCCAGGGCCACAAGCGCCACCCCCGCCGCCAGGAGCGCCAGCGGCGGGAGUCCCCCUAAUCGCUCGGGGAGGCCCCUUUCUUCAGACAUGCCCAGCGUGCCUGCCGGCGAUGCGCCAGCUGAGGGGUCCGGCCCCCAGCCAGCUCCAUCGUCCCCUGUUGGGAAGUCGGCGACAACACCAGCAGGGGCUCCGCCCACACCUGCACCGGUAGAGUCCAGACCCGGAGGUCCGGAGCCAGAGGUCACACCCCCAAGGCCCGAAGCCGCACCUCAGGAGGAGGCUGCUCGACCUGCUACGACAGCCGAGGCACCAGCAGCGGCGGCGGCACCGGACACCAUGGCGGAGGCCUCUCCGGCAGAGCCAGCAGCAGAGGAGGCUGUGGCAGCGGCAGAGGCAGCAGUGCUGGAGGCCGCGGAGGUCGCCAGCACCGCCACACCACCUGCGCAGGAGAAGGAGCCGGAGGUGGUGUAA